GGUCACAAUAAUAAUAACGCCCUGCUAAGCCCAUUAAGAAAUUAUGCAGAUUCUGUACUCUACUAUAUAAAACCCUAACAAGCUCAUCCCCAUCAUCUUAUUCUAGGGUUUCAAGCUUCACCGCGCAUCCGUACAGUCCCCGCAGCAAUGGCGAGAAUCAAGGUUCAUGAAUUGAGGACAAAGCCGAAGGCUGAUUUGCUGGCACAACUCAAGGAUCUCAAAGCUGAGCUUGCUCUUCUCCGUGUCGCUAAAGUCACUGGUGGCGCUCCUAACAAGCUCUCUAAGAUUAAGGUGGUAAGGACAUCCAUUGCUCAGGUAUUGACUGUUAUGCAACAAAAACAAAAAGCUGCUCUGAGGGAAGUGUACAAGAACAAGAAGCUUAUGCCUCUGGAUUUGCGUCCCAAGAAAACAAGAGCCAUUCGUAGGCGUCUGACCAAGCACCAGGCUUCAUUGAAGACAGAGCGUGAAAAGAAGAAAGAGAAGUACUUUCCAAUGAGGAAGUAUGCAAUUAAAGUGUAGGCAAGAAUCAGCAAGGGUCAAGUUUUUGGUAUCGUGUCUAUAAAUCUCGAUUCCAAUUUUGAGUUCAGAGAACUGUUUACCAUUUCUCUAUAUUGGUGGAUCUUUAUUUAAGUGUAUUGUUGUCCCUUUACAUCACUAAACUAAUGAAGUUGUCGUAUAUUUUCACUAAA